AUGUUAGUAAAGAGAUAUCGAGUUCAACUGAACCAUCUUCUAUAGAAUGAUAAUAAAGUUUACUAUUAAAUCACAGUUACUAAAGUAAAUAAUGAAAAUCAAACCAAAACCACUAUAAAUCGAUAUUCAGAGUUAAAAAAUUUUCAUGAGCAGCUGCACAAAAAUGUCACUCUCUUAAAACUCUAGAUGCAAUUACCGCAGUUUCCAGGAAGAUGUCUCUUUAACAAAACUAAUCAGAAUGAAGAAAAAAUUGAAAAAAGGAAAUAUGAUUUAGAAUCAUAUUUCAAUGAACUUUUUAGUAUUGAUAAAAUAAUUAGUUUGACUCCAGUCUAAUAAUAUUUACCUAUUGAAAGCAUUUAAAAUGAAUAGGUGAAUAUUAGUGUAAAGAUUGAAAGCUAUGUAAUAUAUGAUGGAGUUGUUGUAUACGUACUUCGCUUCAAGAAUAAUUUCUCAAAUGAUGAAUGGAUAUACAAAAAAAGGUAUUCUGAAAUCAAAAGUAUUCAUGAUGCUCUUCUUGAUUAAGGAUUCAAAAAUAAGUUGCCAUAAUUCCCAACACGGAAAUUAUUUGGAUAAACUAAUGUAAAUCCAGAAACUAUAAUAAAGAGGAAAGGAGACUUAGAGACUUAUUUGAAUGCUCUGUUCUGUACUCAAGAGUUAUAAGAAAGUUAAAUCAUUAAAUUUCUUAUUUCAGAUUCAAAAAAAUACCAUGAAAAGAAUCUCAAACUUGAGUAAUUAAAAAAAUGUUCUACUUUAAAGUCUAAAGGGUUAGACUCAAACCAAAGAGUCGAAGAAGAUUUACAGAAAAGCAACUGAUAAAUAAUGAAAAUAAAUGAUUAAUAACUUAAGAUAAAAUUCUCAA